AUGGAAGAUGCCACAGUGGAUUGUUUAAUUGAUGAGGAAACUAGGAAGUGGAACGUUGAGAUGAUAGAUGGAAUUUUUGCUCCACAAGAAGCUGAAGAAAUUAAGAAUAUUCCGUUAGCUAGAAAAGAAACGGAAGACUCUUUAUUUUGGCCGUUGGAGAAUGAUGGGAGGUAUAGUUGUAAGACGGGAUAUCGGUUUUUGAAGGAAGAUGAAGUUGGUCAUCAGGUGGUUGUGCAGCAAGAUCAUGAGAAAGGGCUUUGGAAGAAAAUUUGGGCUCUUGAAUGCCCAAAUAAAGUUAGAAACUUAAUUUGGAGAGCUUGCCAUAAUUCCCUCCCUUCGAAGUGCAAUCUAUUCCGGAAGAGAAUUAUUUCAGAACAAUGUUGUGAUCGUUGCAAGGCAGAAAAUGAAGACGCUGUACACGCUUUGUGGAGUUGCAAAAUGUUGGACGGCGUUUGGGGUACGAGUAAUUCAUGGAAUUUCUGGAACCAACAAGGCUUUACAAGUUUCAGUGAGCUCAUGGCCUGGAUUUUUGAUCAUCAAAGGAACCCAGCACUGUUCGCAUUCACCGUUUGGUCCAUCUGGCAUCAGAGAAACCAGUCAUGGACUCAGUCAUCCCAUCGACCUCUGAACCUCAUUUCACAGUGGGCUCACGACAACUGGGCAGAAUUUAAGGCGUUGAAAAUGGCUCCAGCUCCGAGCAGACCAGUGAGAAGAACAUGA